AUACCAGCCUGUUGAUAUCAUUCAACCAACCAAUCAUGUAUUGCCAGCCUCAUUCGGGGAUUCUGAUUGGUACUUUGUCACAGGCAUCUCUCUUACCUCCACCAAUGAGUCCUCACGUAGAAAACCACCACAGCAUGACCUGCAGAAACAGGGAAUGCCAGAUCACGAACUGCUCAGGCAAGAGCUGAACAACCGGUUUUUGGUUCAGAGUUCGGACCGGGCCGCUGCCUCACUUGGCCCGGUGCCGCUGCUGAGAGCGGAGUUUCACCAGCACCAACACACGCAUCAGCACCAACACACCCACCAGCACACAUUCACUCCUUUUCCAUCCAGCUUGCCCCAGACGCCGCUCAUGCCGCCCUCUGCACCUCCCAUGUUUGACAAGUACGCUCCCAAGUUAGACAGCCCUUACUUUCGACAUUCCAACUUCUUUCCAACCUAUCCUCCAGCAAUGCCUGGAAUGCCACCCAUGCUUCCACAUUCAGGUCCCUUUGGGUCACUUCAGGGAGCAUUUCAACCGAAGACUUCAAACCCUAUUGAUGUAGCAGGUAGACCAGGCACAGUCCACCAUACGCUGCUGCAGAAGACUCCAGGGGUGUCAGACCCUUAUAGGCCUCCAGUAAGAAAACCCGGGAAGUGGUGUGCGGUUCACGUACAGAUUGCCUGGCAGAUCUACCAUCACCAGCAAAAGAUAAAGCAAAUGCAGCUGGAUCCCCACAAGCUUGAGAUAGGUGGUAAACUUGACCUGUUCAGCAGACCUCCCGCCCCUGGAGUGUUUCCAGGUUUCCAUUAUCCACAAGACCUUGCCAGGCCUCUGUUUUCUACCACAGGUGCGACACAUCCAGCCACCACCCCUUUUGGUCCUUCACCUCACCACAGCAGUUUCCUGCCUACUAACCACCUGGCAGAUCCAUUUAGCAGGUCAAGCACCUUCAGCGGCCUUGGGAACUUAGGCAGCAAUGCCUUUGGAGGAUUAGGCAGUCAUGCUCUGACUCACAACAACAUUUUUACUCACAAAGAUGGCCCCAACCUGCAGAAUUUCAAUAAUCCCCACGAGCCAUGGAAUAGACUCCAUCGGACCCCACCAUCCUUCCCAACACCUCCACAGUGGCCCAAGCCCACGGACUCGGAGCGAAGCUCCUCAGUGACAAACCAUGACAGAGACAGAGAGCGGGAGCGAGAGCCUGAGAAGAGAGACAUUUCUCUGAGCAAAGACGACAGAGACAAAGAGAGAGACCUCCUGGAUAAAAACAGACAUUCAAACAGAUCCUCACCGGCAUCAGCUCCAGUGACGCAUCAGAUCAGCAAUCUCAUCCGCAGCAACAGCCAGACCUCCAGCGAUCCCAUCAGGCAGGUGAGCCUCGGGGAAAGGUCCAAAGAGCCGGAGCGAGAGCACCCCGAGCGGCUGAGAGAGCCACCCAUAGCAGAACACAAGAUUAAAGAGAGCCGUUCCCCAGUGAAGGAAACUCCAAGCCAUGAUAAGAGACCCUCUGAGGACAACACCAAGCCAGUCAUCCAGUCUGUGUCCCCGUACAGCAAACCUGCACUAAGUGAGAGCCUGAAGCUUACCAAUCUAAUGAGCAAGGACAUGGAGAGAAAGACAGAGCUUCCCAGCGACCUCCAGAAGAUUAAGAAUGACAUUAAAGUCAAAGAGGAGAGGAAGGAAGACAGUGAUGUGCUGGUGGUAGGGUCUGAGCCUUCGCAGCACUCCCGAUCCGUGGAGCAUCCCCCACCACCUACUCUGCACGGAUUAUCAUUGCCUCACUCAAUGGCUGCCUCUAUGCCCAUCUCCAUGGGCAGUGUGCACCAGAUGAACAACAUGAAUGUUCUGGACCGCAGCAGGAUGAUGACCCCGCUUAUAGGCAUGAAUCCUUUGUCAGGAAGAGAGAGGCUGCCACAUCCUGGAUUUUCUUGGGACCCAAUGAGGGAUCCAUUGCGAGAUGCCUACCGGAGCUUAGACCUGCACCGUCGAAUGGACUUCCAGCUCCGGACGGAUCCUAUCCAUAGGUUUCCUACCACCUCUGGCUUUUAUGACCACGAGCGUUCCUACAGAGACAGGGAACCACACGACUACAACCACGAGAACCUUCUCGAGGCCCGCCGGGAGCAGGAGCGCUUGCGGCAAGUGGAGGAACGAGAGCGCUUGCACUUACGGGAAGAACUUGAGCGUGCCAGAAUGCACCACUUGCACUCGUCCCCCAUCGAAAGUCACCUGGCACACGUGCCAUCCUUCAUGCCUCAUUUAAGCGGGAUGCAUUACCCCAGACUGAGUCCAUCCACUGCCAUGCACAACGGGAUCCUAAACAGGAACCCCCCGACCGCCGCGCUGAGCGCGCCACCGCCUCUCGUCCCAGCCAGCAGCACCAGACCUGCCUCCCCACGCAGGACUACUCCACUCACAAACUCAGAGUCCAGGGACUAUUCCCCCUCUAGGAACCCCAAAGAAGUAGAGGCUCGAUAGUCCCCAACAUUGAAUUUUAAACUCACCUGUACAUAAAACAAACAAGCAAACAAACAAACAACAACACCAACAAAAAAACACAGAAAGAAAAAAAAUCAAGAAAAAAACCUUUUACAAAAUGCACUGCUGUAAACUUUUUUUUUUUAUGUAAAAUUUGUAGAAGUUAAGCACAUUUCCAUAAAUAACGGGGUUGGGGACUUUCCAACAAGAAGGUUGCUGAGAAUGGGAAUUUAAUAUAUAGGUAUUGAUUUUUGGUUUUGUUUUUGUUUCUGUGCUAAAA